CUCGCACAGUCUGUAACAUGAAAUUUAUUCUUGUUGCCGUGUUUGCCUGCGUGGCUGCUGCCGCUCCCCAGGGAUAUGAGGCCCCUCGCCGUGACUCUGAGGAAGUGCCCAUCCUGAGGGACGAACGCGUGAUCGAGAACGACGGAAGGUACAACUUUGACGUGGAAACAGGAGACGGCAUCGUGGUGUCAGAGUCAGGAGCUCCCAGCGCAGACGGAGGCAUCAACAGUGCUGGUUCAUACUCCUACACCGCUCCUGACGGUACUCCCGUCCACGUUGAUUUCGUGGCUGACGAAAAGGGUUUCCAGCCUCAGUCCGACCUCCUGCCCGUGGCUCCCGAGGUCCCCGACUUCGUCAAGGAGCAGAUUGCCUUCGCCGCUGAGGAGGACGCCCGCAGGGCCAAGGAACCUUCCAACAGAUACAGUGCUCCUUAAACAGAAUGCGUUGUAGAAUAUGUAUAUAUUAUGAAGAUGGUCCGUUGUUGAAGAUUUCAUGCUCUUUCUA